AUGUAUGCGAAACAAUUCAGUCUUAAUUCUAACCGCCUUUGUUCUAAAAGUGGGGAAGUACUUGCAAAAGCUCUUUAUAAUAAUAUCACUUUAACAUCCUUAAGCCUUUAUGUUAAUAAUCUUGGCGUUGAAGGAAGUAAGGCAUUAGCAGAAGUUCUUUACAGGAACAUUACUCUAACCUUCCUAAAUAUUUAUGAAAAUAAUCUUGGUGUUAAAGGGAUAAAAGCUAUAACAGAAGCUCUUUACAGAAAUACCGGUUUAACAUCUCUGGAUAUUGGAUAUAAUAAGAUUGGUCUUGAAGGUGUAAAGGCAAUAGCAGAA